GUGAUGGGAGGUCUCAUAGUCGGUUCAAGGCUUGUGUUAUAGAUUUUGAGGAAUAACUGGGAUUUAGAAGACUAUGAUUUUGUGACACAAACUGCUCAAGCUACCGUCCUGAGUCUAUGGAGUUGGAUUAACAGGUCGGGAAGUUGCAUUCGCAAUUCUUCACGUGGCCCACAAUUGCAGUGUUUAGGAAAGUCGAACAGUAGCCUAGUUGUUGACAUGGAGGGAAUGGACGUUGAUCUUGACCCAGAGCUCAUGCAGAAGUUCAGUUGUUUGGGGACCACUGAUAAGGAUGUUCUGAUCUCUGAAUUCCAGCGCCUUCUUGGUUUUCAGCUUAACCCAGCUGGCUGCGCAUUUUUUCUAGACAUGACUAACUGGAAUCUCCAAGCUGCAAUUGGAGCAUAUUAUGACUUUGAAAGCCCAAGUGUCACUGUCCCAUGCAUGUCGUUUGUAGAAGAUGUAACUAUUGGGGAGGGGGAGUCUGUGCCACCGGACACACAGUUUACCAAGACCUGGAGAAUCCAGAACACAGGAUCAGAGGCAUGGCCCCCUGGUGUGUGUCUGCGGUAUGUUGGGGGUGAUCAGUUUGGUCAUGUCAACAUGGUAUUAGUUCGAUCCUUAGAUGCACAGGAGAUGACUGAUGUCAGCGUGCCGAUGUGUAGUCCGAAUCAGGCCGGCAUGUACCAGGGCCAGUGGAGGAUGUGUACUGCUACUGGUCUAUAUUUUGGAGAUGUCAUUUGGGUGAUCCUGAGUGUGGAGGCUGGAGGUCUAUUGGGGGUUACUCAGCAGCUGUCUUCAUUUGAAACAGAAUUUAAUACUCAACCUCAUCGAAAUCUUGGAGGCAACUACAACCCCUUUGCUUCCCCAGAAAAAAGCCUGUCGCCUGAACAGGAGGACAUGGGUGGAUGGGGGCCUGAGGCAGAGCCCUCUGAAAAUGAGCAGAAUGGACUUUCUCAGACCUCUGUAAAUAUAUGUGCACCGGAUCACCCGGCCAACCGUUCAGUUGCAACAUAUAGAGAGUUUAGACUCUCAGCAGAAAGGAUCUCUCAGCAGCUCUGAUGAAGUGACAGUUUUAGGAGAGUGUGCAUGGGCCUUACCCAUUUGGAGAAUCUUAAGAAGAACUUUUAUCCCAUCCACAGUCCUUUUUUCAUCCCACAGAAACAGGAUGGUCUUUACCAUAAUAUACCUGCUGAAGGUGAUGUGAGGGAAAUAUAUAUAUUUUUGUUGGAUGCUCUUAAUAAAAGUGAACAUUCUUGUGAUGAUUAGGGUAGUAAAGUUUUCAACCAAAAGAGACUCUCCCCUGCAGCCUUAAUUUUGUUUCUCGGCUUCCUUCCCAUUUAAAUUUUUCCAUUUAGCUGUUAUAACUGGCAGAUUUUCAACUGUAGGAAACAAGAGCAACUCCCUAGACAAAAUUUACUGGUUACAUGUUUUCUUUGCUGUCACCUGCAAUUUGUAAAAUUCUGUAAUUUUUUUAUAUUUCCUUUAGAUUUAUUGACUGCUUCCGCAGGAUUUCAUUAAGUGACACUGUCACAUCUAAAUCAGUGUACUUGUCUAGAUGGUCCAUUAAACAAUGGACAAAUCUACUAUACUUUUUGUCCUGAUGAA